AUGAGGCAAUCUUCACCCUUCGUCGCCGGACUGCUGUCCUUGGCUUCACUCACACAAGCGGAAUUAGGAAAGAUCCACUGGAAAGGACUUUGUGACCCAACAAAUGCUACAGGGCCAAUGAUCUGUGGAACACUCGACGUGCCAUUGGACUACACAGACUCUCAGUCCAACAAGACCUUGACUCUUGACAUUGCCAAGUGGCCGGCGACCAAGACACCGGCCGCAGAACCUAUCAUCUUCAACUUUGGGGGACCUGGUGUAAAUUCAUUCGAGGGUCUUGGAUCAUAUGGAGAGGAAUUCCAGACUAUCCUUGGAGGUCGUAACGACCUGAUAGCCUUCAACUCUCGGGGCGUUGGAAACACCCUUCCGUUUUCGUGCUAUAGCAAUGAUUCUUCCAGAGAGCUUGCAUCGCUCCAGGCUCCAGCAGAUGGCACAGCAUCCAACAUCGCCUGGGGGCAAAUAUGGGCCCAGAGCACAAACAUUGCACGGGCGUGCUAUGCCCAGAACGGCGAGAAUGGAAGUCUUAUAGGGACGAGCUUUGCGGCCAGGGACACGAUGCAGGUCCUUGAUGCUCUUAGCGGAAAGGAUGCUUUGCUGAACUACUGGGGAAUCUCAUAUGGCACUACGGUGGGUGCUGUCAUGGCAGCCAUGUUCCCGGAAAGAAUGGGUUAUGUGGCACUCGAUGGCGUUGAUAAUCCGGCCGAAUACCUCAACGGAUACAACGCACAAGCCGUUGUGGACGUCGACACCGUGUUACGAGGCUUCUGCUCGGGCUGCUUUGACGCACCUGACCUGUGCCCCUUAUCGAAGCUGUACAGUAGUGCCGCCAACCUCGAAGCCGCGAUUUACAUGAUGCUCGAAGCGCUCAAGUUCAAUCCCAUUCCCAUCCCAGACAAUGGAGGGGUCGUGACUUACAGCGACGUCAAGGCUACUAUCUUCGAGGCGCUAUACGCUCCAAGCUCCUGGCCGUUGACCUCGGAGCUCAUUUAUUACGUACAGACCCGCAACGCAAGCGUCCUUGGUACUCCCAAGGUGUACUUGACCCUAAAAUCUUACGGCCUGUCGGCGUCAUUGACUUCAUCUUCCAACGAGGUAGGGGACGGGAUCAGAUGUUCUGACAAGGCAAAAUCAGCCAGCUUGGCGGAUGUGCUACCGUACAGCAAGGCCAGGGCGUCGCUGAGCAAGAUAGCAGGCGAUGGUUCUAAUGGUGACAUGCGAUGCGCACAAUGGAAUCGGAAGAUGUAUGCCAAGGAACGGUACACUGGCGACUUCGAUGUGAAGACAGCCCACCCUGUAUUGGUGCUAAGCAACACCUUCGACCCAUCUACUCCGCUUACGGCGGCGAAGAACCUGACCGCUACGUUUGAGAGAAGUGUUUUGCUCGAGCAAAACGGUUACGGGCAUACUACUCUGGCCAUGCCGUCUCUUUGCACGGCCAAGGCGGUCCGGGCUUACUUUGCCAAUGGCACAUUGCCCGCAAAGGGAACGAUCUGUCAGACGGAUGUGCCUCUUUUCACGAACCUCACGUAUGCCGAUGUGUGGCCGAAGAAUUUCAAACGGGAUGUUCAGUCUGUGGAUGAUGCGAAACUUCUCCGGGCCUUGAUGUCGCUUCCUGAGAAGAUGUCACGGCGCAGGCUCUAG